AUGGUCAAGCUGUUUUCCUUCGUCCUCGCUGGACUAGCCUGGCCUUGCUGUUUCCAUCGCACGGCAUCUGCCGAGGAGCUGUGCUCCAUCGCACCAGCCUCGUACUCGGGUGCCAAGACCACGUACCCACACCUUGCAACGGCAAUUGAGACGAUCGAGCGCUACUCGAUUACUGCUUGGUACACGGACCGCCUUACAAGUACCGAGCAGUCGGCCAUGCUGGCAAGUCUCACGAGUGAAUGCUCCGAAGACUCGCGCAUGACCAUUGCUGUCUACGGUAUCCCCAAUAAAGACUGCAGCGCCGGUCUUUCGUCGUCGGGCUCCGUGAAAACCACGAGUGACUACCAGGCGUUCCUUUCUGGUCUAACCGCAGCGGUAGGUGACCGUAAAGUGCUCUACAUUGUUGAGCCCGACGCCGCUGGCCUCCUUGCUGAAGAAGGUGGUUGCGGCAAGGCAGCUGGCUACCUCGAAAACCUUAAGAUCGCCAUUACUGCUCUGUCUGCGAACGCCAAUGCUCAACUGUAUCUGGACGUGGGGUACUGGCUGCUCGCGGACUCGAAAAAGGCUGCGGAGGUGGCAACUGUCGUCAAGGAACUAAGCACCUCGGGUGCUGUAAAAGGGGUCACGAUCAAUACGUCCAACUACCGUCCGACGGACGAGUGCACGACCUACUGCAGUAACUUCCAGUCGGCCAUGGGGUCUACCGACAUGUCGUGCAUCAUUGACACGUCCCGUAACCACAACAAACUCACGACAACCGACUGGUGCAAUGUCAAGUCUGCCGGUAUCGGCAAGCCGCCAUCAUCGGAGACAGGCAUUGCCAACAUCGACUACUUCAUGUGGGUCAAGCCUCCUGGAGAGAGCGACGGUGUGUGUACGGACACUGCUUCUACAAGUGAGUCGCUGAGUGGAGUGACAGCUGGUGCCUUUUACUUGGACGCUUUCCAGACUCUGUGGGACCAAGGAUACUUUGUCAUCGAGGAGGGUAUGGCCGCGGUCUCUGAUGGCAAUAGCUCAUCUCCGACCAACAGCCAGCAGUUGGCUGACAACAAGACGGAAGCACAGACCGGUAAUCAGACCGGAUCGGGUGAGGGAAGCAUGGAUCAUUCGUAUUCGGUCGGACAGGAGUACGAGAGUUCCGUACAGACUGAUGUCGGCACAGUUGCUCCAGUGGACAACACAGCAUCGGAAAGCACCGCGCCGGCCAAUGAGACGACACCUGUUGCCUCCCUGUCGGACACUGCUGCGUCGACGCCAGUUGUGUCCCUGUCGAGCACCGUGCCGACACCUAUUACAGAAUUGACGGCCAAUGUGACGGCGCCUGUUGUAAACUCGUCAGCCACUACUUCGACGCCGAUUGAUUCGGCAACGCCACCUCCUACAUCUACCACGGAUCCUGCGCCAGUCCGUGCAGCAUGUCACACUAAGAAGCAUGUGAAAAAAUUGUAG